CGGCGCGAGAACCCCGCCCCGUUCUCGGGCUUCUGGCGGCAUGACCCGAGGCGUCAGCUCCGCCCCCGCGGGGCCGACGAGGGAGAGGGCGAGGGGGGACUGAGUCCAGGAGUCCUACCCUCCACGUUGCCGGUGGGCGAGCCCGGACUCUCCUCAGCCGUGGCAGGCCGUGGGCGAUCCCGUCUAUCGACCCUCGCCCCCGCCAUUGCCCUCUGUUGCUCCUCCCCUGAACGAUUUCUGCGGGUGGCACGCGCCAACGGGGUGGUGGAGUCGAAGCCCAUCAAAGGCACCGUCCGAAGGGGUCAGACCC